AGCAUCCAUCCACUCGUCUCACCUGUUAUCAGGUGGAUGGGCUUGCAGCACAUAUAGGUUAUUUAUGACGCCACACAUUUAUUUAAGGAACCUACCGGUGCACAUUGCUAAAGGAAAGGCCUGAGUUAGUUUUGCAUGAAUGACACAUGUCAAACGGAGCCGGUGGUGACAUGCUUACAGAAAUCUGGGUCUUCACAAAGCUUCAUCCCGGACUCACAUAGGACUCCGUGCAGAAGAUAAAGAUCUCGUGUCAUUUCCAGCUACUAGGCCUCUAUCUCUACCACCCAGUCAGCGGAACAGUGGAUCUGAUGGACCAGGUGUCCCGGUCAGGGGUGGGCACUGAUGUCACAGACGAGACAGCCUCCAUGGGGGAAUACAGGUGGAGCUCUGAGGAUCAUGAGCCUGUUAAUCAGAGAUCCGACCCUCAGGGCCAGUGUCUGGCCRCCCCCCAAGCCCUGCCUGCCCCCACCUACAAACAGAGGGUUGAGGAGUUCAGGAAGCUGUUCAGAGAACUGCCUGAGUCAGAGAGACUCAUCGUAGACUACACCUGUGCCCUCCAGAGAGACAUUCUACUGCAGGGACGCCUCUACCUGUCGGAGAACUGGCUCUGUUUCUAUAGCAAUGUGUUUUGGGGGACAAAGAUAGUCUUGACUCUGAGGGACAUCAAGGCCAUGUACAGAGAGAAGACCGCACGGCUGAUUCCCAACGCCAUUCAGAUCUGCACAGACUCGGAGAAGUUGUUCUUCACUUCCUUCUCAGCCAGAGAGAAGAGUUACCAGGGAGUGUUCCGGAUGUGGCAGAACACGCUGAUGGACAAGCCAUUGACUAGUCUGGAGCUGUGGCUGGUGGUCAAGCAGCACUAUGGUAAUGACCUGGGCCUGAGCMAUGAAGAAAUGGAGAGUCUACAGGGAUCAGCAGAAUCAACCACGCAGACACACACCAGCCUGACCAUGAGGCCCGGUGGAGAGGACUCUGGGAGGCUGGAGAGGCCGUCUACUCUGCGCCUCCAGCCAGGGGAUCAGGGCUCCUUUGACCCCAACACGCCCCAGGGAGAGGACUUACCCUCACCCCUCGGACGGAGCACCGCCAAUUUGAGGGAUGCGGAUGAUGCUCACAGCACCUCGUCUCAGUGCACUCCUGACCCAUCCCUGGACCGCUCUGCCCCGGAGAGGGUCUCCAAGCGCUCAGAGCUCUCUCUGGACCUUAACACUAACCUGGACCACUUCUCUGAACAGAGYGGCUCGGAGAGCGCAGAGGAGGAGGAGAGGGUGUGUGUCUCCGAGCAGCAGGGCAGGCUCUAUGUGAACAAGGUCUUCAACAUCAGCGCAGAGAAGAUGUUUGAGCUGCUCUUUACCGACUCCCACUUCAUACAAAGAUUCAUGAACGCCAGGAAGAUCACCAAUGCCAGCUUUGCCCCGUGGCAGAGUGAAGCGUCAGGCGCCAUGAAGAGGAGUCUCAACUACACCAUCGCCAUCACCAACCCUCUGGUGGGCAAGUUCUCCACUGCCACAGAGAACCAGAUCCUGUACAAGGAAUCCAGGGAGGGUCAGUACUACCUCGUCGACGCGGAAGUCUACACACACGACGUACCGUACCACGACUACUUCUACACUCAGAACCUCUACUGUAUCAUCCGCCACUCCAAACACAAGUGUCGACUCUGAUGGAAGAGGAGGCGGUGCUGAACCAGGGAGGCGGAGACCCCGGUAAGACAAUUGGCGGGCUGCGUCACCGGCGGAGGAGGACAUUCAGUCGGACACUACAGGARCACCUGAACCCCAGCAACCAGUACAGGCCCGACCUAGAUCCUCACAGAGAGGGCAACACGGAUCCCAUGGAUAUGAAGGGUCCACAGUGGAACGUCUCUACCAUCGUAGCUGGGAUGAGCAUCAUUAUGCUGAUCCUAACAGUACUGAACCUGGGUCUGUUCUUUAAGCUGUGGGCCAUGGAGGACGUGGUCACACGCAUGUACCUGAGCACCAAGAACCGCCUCCGGGAGAGGACCGAGAGCAGUUUUGCCCCAGACUUCAGCCCCGGACCGGCCCCUCCACACAGGACCAGAGAGGAGACUCUGCUGCUGAAAGCUGUUCUACAGGACUCCAUCAACCUACUGGAGCAGCUCCGCUGCUCUCUAUUGGUGCUUCAGCAGAACUUUGUAACCAAUAGGACAGCAACGCCUCAGUGACGCUGUCACACCUUGUGAUCUCACUACGCCCUAUGAACCCUGGGGUCGUAAAGGCUACAGGGAUGCGCCUCAGAGGACUCACUCUCCCAAGCAGGGGUGUUGCUAUAGGGACUACCCACACACUGACUGACUGAUACUUGUUACUAAGAGCAACAACGGUACAAGUCCCAGGGCCAUUGAUAGUGUGUUACUAGGUGGAUGAAUGUUUUUAAAGUUCAACUGUUGGUCCUGCGCUGUGGAGGAAGAGAAUGGUUCCCAACCAUCAUCAACACUGUUGGACUUAGGUUUAUGUGAGGUUCUAUUGUCUGUUGGGUUAGGGAGUACUUUAUUCUUCCUUAAUGUUCUGGAGUUACGGUGAUUAAGUUGAAGUUCUUCUGGACUACUGCAGUUCCAGCAUGCCUCACUGUGAACCCCUUCCAUUGCCAAGCUAAUCACAGCAGAUGAGCCAAUGAUGUUGUAGAAAUUAAUCCCAAUGUAAGAUUUUWACUUUUUGCACAGGUGCCUUGUGUACUUUUUAUGUUUUUUAGAUUUAUUUAGAAUACAUUUUUUWAAAUKAGAAAAUACUUUGAAUGUAAUUUAUUAAUAAUAUUUGGAUGGCUGUGGGUUUCUGCUCGUGUAAAUGUGAAUAAUUAUGCUGUUUUGGAUUGACAGAUGACACAUUUUAAAAAGAAACAUAACUCUUUGGGUGGUUUUGCAGCUGGUUUGUAAAUAUACAGCAGAGCUCAAUAUCAGUGUUGUAUUUAGAAGGGUGCAAUGUUCUGAACACUGCAGAUAGAAAUGCCUUCUAUAAAGCUGUCAUGAAUCCUUAUUCUACAUGAUGGAGAAGCAUGUUUGUUCUACAUAAUAUAGUUCUAUCUGAACCUUCUGUAAUGUUGCACCCCACUGAACACACGCCCAGGUGAACUUUCUCAGGACUAAUUGGUUAGAGCUAAAAUAUAUAAAUAAUAAUACUGAUUGCAUUUAGUUAAUUACGUUAAAAUCCCGAUGACAGUUCCAUAUACAGUAAGCUAAAUUAAGAGGGUUAGUGAAUGUUCUGUAAUUCAUAUUCAUUCCACAUGAUGGUAAAACAAACCCAUUCAGGAAGCCACGUCACGCAAACACUGCACUGCUUAUGUGUACACCCACUAUAAGAGUGUGAGCAGCACAAUUUUGGUCAGUGGAUUCUGAGUUGAAUCCACACUAGUGCCUUGUUUUUAUUGUUAAUCACUAUUUACAUUUUCUCAAGUAAAUACCACUUGUUGUGUGUGGUGGUAAAACGUCAUAUUGUAUGUAAAACCCAUCCUUGUUCUAUAAAUGCACAGGAAUCUUC